AUGUGCGCCACUGUGUUCAGCUCUUGUGCUGGAGCUCCCGCGUCUCCAGCAAUCGACUCUACGCUCUGCAAGCCAGUUGAGCUCACAAUGCUGACAAGCACAUCGCCAGACACUCUGGGCAAGCGAAGUGCGAUUGAGAUGCUCACUCUAUUGCGUCCGUUGCUUGUUGUCCUGCAGCUCCGAGUCGGCGACGAGCAAAGCAUCGAGAACGCAACAGUGGCCAUCAAGGACGAAGAUCACACGAUUGGCAAUGCUCUGCGAUACAUGCUGAUGAAAAACCCCGAUGUCGAGUUUUGUGGCUAUAGCAUUCCCCAUCCGUCAGAAAACAAGAUCCAUGUUCGAGUGCAAACCGUUCCUGGCUCGGGCGUUUCGGCAGUUGACGUCGUGCGGAAGGCUCUCGAGCAACUGAUUGAAAUGUGCUCGCAUGUUGCCGGUGUCGUUCAGACCGAGUUUGAUUUGCAACCACCUGUUGUGGCAGAGACAGAGGAGAUGGUUCAAUAA